AAUCUGCUUUGAGGAAAGCUUUGCUCAGUCUCUGGAAUUGUCCUGAGUCAUAGCUUUGUGUUGGGGCCAGGGGAAGGAACCAUUGAGUGGCAGGGAAGGGGCAGCCCUACACUGGGAAGGCCUAGGAAACUGGACCAAGAACUAGGCACAAAAAAGGCCGCCCAGGGCCUGGCAGCCAGGCUGGAGACCUGAAGAUAAUUCAGGUAACAGUUGAAGUGGGCUCUUAUCACCGUAAGGGCCCCAGUGCAUUGUGCCAGCUAGCAGGAUCACAGCUGCCAGGCGUUUAGGUGCCUGGAGAGGGAGGUUGGGCCAGAGUCGGCAGGCUGACUAACAGGGCGGGCCUUGCUGGCGAAGCAGGAAGCAGGCCGUAGGCGGGCCCAGGCAGUUUCACUUCCCGCCAGCAGCAGAGCGUGCCUGGCCAUCGCUGCCUGCUGCCUGCCUGCUCCGGCUCAGCAUGGGCUCACAGGCCCCACCUCCUGGUCCCAUGCAGACGCUCAUCUUCUUGGACCUAGAAGCCACUGGCCUGCCCUUCUCUCAGCCCAAGGUCACUGAGCUGUGUCUGCUGGCCGUCCACAGAUAUGCCCUAGAGAACACUCCCAUCUCUGGGGGGCACCAGCCUACAGUGCCCCAGCCACCCCGUGUGGUAGACAAGCUCUCCUUGUGUGUGGCUCCAGGAAAAGCCUGUAACCCUGCAGCCAGUGAGAUCACAGGUCUGAGCACCGCUGAGCUGGUAGCACAUGGACGUCAGCGCUUCGACGACAAUCUAGCCAACCUGCUCCUAACCUUCCUGCAGCGCCAGCCACAGCCCUGGUGCCUCGUGGCGCACAACGGUGACCGCUAUGACUUCCCCUUGCUCCAAGCAGAGCUGGCUAUGCUGGGCCUUAGCAGUCUUCUAGACGGGGCCUUCUGUGUGGACAGCAUCACUGCCCUAAAGGCCUUGGAACGAGCUAGCAGCCCCUCAGAGCACGGCCCAAGGAAGAGCUACAGCCUGGGAAGCAUCUAUGCCCGCCUGUAUGGGCAAGCCCCAGUGGACGCGCACACAGCUGAGGGCGACGUUCUGUCCCUGCUCAGUAUCUGCCAGUGGAGGCCACAGGCCCUGCUGCAGUGGGUGGAUGCUAAUGCCAGACCCUUCAGCACCAUCAAGCCCAUGUAUGGGGUUACAGCCACUGCUGGGACCAACACAAGGCCAUCUGCUACGAUAGCCACUGCACCCGUGGCCACAUCCAGGAACGCUUGUCCCAACCUUGGCAGCAACAGGAGACCCAAGGCUUUUCCUCCAGUGAAAAUCCCUGAAGCCCCAUCCUCGGAGGGGCUGCUGGCCCCAUUGGGUUUUCUGGCCUUCCUGACCUUGGCAGUAGCCAUGCUGUAUGGACUGUCACUGGUCUCACCAGGGCAGUAGUCCAAGAAGGAAAUUCUGACUAAUAAACCCCCCCCACACACACACAC